AUGGCAUAUGAGUUAGACUUAUCCCAAGAGCUUUCAAUGGUGGAUCCGGUUUUUCAUGUCUCAAUGCUCCGCAAGUGCAUAGGAGAUCCAUCUCAUGUUAUUCCUACUAUAGAUGUGAAGGUUACAAAAGAACUCACCUAUGAAGAAGUGCCUACUGCUAUACUAGAUCGGCAAGUUAAUAAGUUAAGAAAUAAAGAAGUAGCUUUAGUAAAAGUGCUUUGGAGGAGCCCGCAAGUAGAGGAAAUCAUAUGGGAAGCCGAAGAAGCAAUGAAGUCAAAAUACCCUCAUUUAUUUGAAUCUAAAGACUUGGUCCAAGGAUGCUGA